UUUUCUCUGGCGUCGGGGGCGCGGAGCUGCAGAGCGGGGCGGGCGGUGGCGGGGGUAACGCAGGAGGGAUCACGCGCUUCCCGCCUGACCCAUGCCUCAGCGUCUUUCCCCCGCUACGAGGGUUCUGCGUUCAACAGGCUGCUGUGUUGCUGAAGUCCGUAUCUAGUUCACCCAGUCUCCCAGCCCGUGUGCUCCAUGCUUUGAGACUAGGAGGACCUUGGUGUUUUGAAAUGAAGAUGGAGGCAGCGGGGAAGGCAGAGGAACUUGUUGAUUCAGAACUUUCAACAAAGACUUCUGAAAAGCACGAGACAGCUCCCGUUGAAGACGGAUCUGUAGGAUUGGAGACACAGUCUCAGAAGGACAACGUACCCGCCGCAGCUGACUCUGCGGUGCUCUCCUCCAUGCCUUGCUUGCUGAUGGAACUGAGAAGAGACUCCUCUGAAUCUCAGUUAGCAUCAACAGAGAGUGACAAGCCAACGGGUGGUCGAGUUUAUGAGAGUGACUCUUCCAAUCAUUGCAUGCUUUCCCCUUCCUCCAGCGGGCAUUUGGCUGACUCAGACACGUUGUCCUCAGCAGAAGAGAACGAGCCCUGUCCAGGUGAAGCUGCUGCGGAGGGAGACCCUUCCGGGGUGUCUGGGGCUGCAGUUGGGAGGAAAUCCAGGCGAUCCAGGUCCGAAAGUGAAACUUCAGGUAUGGCUGCCAAGAAAAACCGACAGUCUAGUGACAAGCAGAGCGAUCGGGUCACCAAGGUGAAAGGUCACCGAAGCCAAAAGCACAAAGAAAGAAUCCGUCUCCUGAGGCAGAAACGGGAGGCAGCUGCUCGCAAGAAGUACAACCUGCUGCAGGACAGCAGUACCAGUGACAGUGACCUGACGUGUGACUCGAGCACAAGCUCCUCGGAUGAUGAUGAAGAGGUUUCAGGGAGCAGCAAGACAAUCACUGCAGAGAUACCAGAUGGACCACCAGUUGUAGCUCAUUAUGAUAUAUCAGACACAAAUUCAGACCCAGAAGUGGUAAAUGUGGACAAUCUGUUGGCGGCUGCAGUGGUCCAAGAGCACAAUAAUUCCUUGGGAAAUCAAGACAUGGGAUCUACCUGGAGGAACAGAGGGCUUCUAAGUGAACUGAGCACUGAUGCAGGUCAUUUGGAUCCAGGCUUCAUUGCAGUUGACAAAGCCUCUACUGGUAAUGCCCAGAUCAAUGAAGAAAUUAAUAUCACCUCUUCUGAUAGUGAAGUAGAGAUUGUUGGAGUUCAGGAACAUGCCAGGUGUGUGCAUCCCAGGGGAGGUGUGAUUCAGCGUGUGUCUUCCUGGAAGCAUGGCUCAGGCUCACAGUAUGUUAAUGCUCAGCAAACACCAUCAUGGACAGCUGUGACUCCCCAGCAGAAUUGGUCUUCACCCCCAGAAGUAGUGGACCUCACUUUGGAUGAGGAUACCAGACGCAAAUAUCUACUGUAAUGCAGUGUCACUGUGUUUGUGUCUCCCCAGCCCUUCUCCCUUCCCGUGGCACAGUUCAUUGCUGAAGCUUCAGCUUCAGGAGCCUGAGUCCUGGCAUUACAGAGCUCGAACUCAUAAAAGUUUUUAAUUUCCAUAAGAAUAUGGUGUAGUUUCAGUAUCACUUAAGAUGGUUUCGCCUUCUCAAAGGAGGAUUCCUCCCCAAAAUUAAAAGCCAGUAGCUCCAAAUUUAAAACAUAUCUACAGUUACUAACUUGAGUGUGUGUUAAUCAGAAGUAAUAACUGUGUGCAAGCUUAUGUCCUCCCACCCUUUCCCACCUCCUACUUCAGAACGUUUUUAGUUUAUCAGUAUAUUGAGUUUGUUAGUAGAAGUUAGUGUUUUGCUGUGUGAUUUUGAGAAAUGCUGUGUCCUCACUGAUUUCAGUGGAACUGGGGGUAUUCAACACUUCUGAAAACUGGGCCAAGAGUAUUUAUACCCAAGCUUAUUUGGUUAAUGAUACCAGCAGAAGGGACUGCCUUUAAUACAAAUGGCCCAUAACAUAUGCACUGAACUGCUUUUAACAGUUUUUUUUUAUUUUCAGUAUAAUUUCUAGUUUACACUUUUCAGUGCUGAGUCUUCUGUCUGCUUGACUACUGUGUUUCAUGGAUCGUUUUCCACAGCUUGGUACAGUUUAGAGUAGUAAUAGUAGUGAUUUACUAGCAGCUGAUAUUUUCAAAAGCACAAGAAAAGUAAUAAAAAGGCCCAUUGUCCUUCUUUUUAAACAUAUCUGAACUUUUCUACCUGUUUCUGAGUCUUGCCUGGAGUAGGAGAAGGCGAGGAAUGAAAUAUGUUGCUCAUGGUCCUCAUUACUACUGUUGCUUAUUUGCUUCAUUGACCAUUUCAAAAAAAAAAAAGCCCAACUUGGCAAAACACUUCAGCAGAUGCAUAACAUUCAGUGUUUGCUGAAAAUCGUGAAGCCAUUCAAGUGUUUUAAACUCUGUCCUGAAAGAUGUUGCAGAAACAGGGCCUACUGUUGUGAUUUCUUUUUUUAAUUUUUUUUUUUUUUAAUUUUUAAAAUUAUUUUUAACUAAAAAAACCAAACCAGAUCUUCACCAUUUUUCUUGCUUUUAGUGUGGGAUGGUUUUUUUUUUGUUUUAUGAUACAAUCCUGGAAACACUUUCUACCAGAAUAUGUACUGAAAUCAGCAGAACUACUCGGUUUAGCAGGCUGUAUUUUCUGUAGUGUAGAUGGGAAUUCCUGCCCUUCAUCUGUCAUUUUGAGCCUUUUUCAAGGCAAAAACCAAAGAUUAGACUUUCACAAGAUGUUAUCCACUUUAAUUGUCUAUUGUGCAAUUGAAAUGUUCCUUUGUAGUCAGAAUGUUUCUAGCAGAAAUUUUGUACAGCUCCAUCACCACAUUUUUUUUGCCAUUUAAGGCUGAACAGGGGAUAGUGGGGGCAUGGGAAGUUCUGUCUUCUUUUUGUGUUGCCUGCUAUCCAAAGUUGGCUUGGAGUAAUUUCAUCUGUGGGGGAAAAAAAAAAAAAAAAAAAAAUUAAAAUUACCUAUGGUGACACAUAACUUACAGGCAAAAAAAAACCCAACCCCAAAACAAGAAACCAACAAGCCAGCUAAUAUAGUUAGUAACAGUUUUUCCUUCAAAAAGCAGAACAGUUACAGAACACCUAGGCAAGGUAUUGAUACUCCAAUUGCAGACCUUCUAAACAUAGUCGUAUUGAAUGGCCAGAAAAAUGCACGAGGUGCUUUUAGUGACUGAUUUCUUUCUCUGGGGAUGGAAUGGAGAAUGGAGCCAGAAGGGGGAAGCCCUGUGCUGUUGGGGCACUGGAUCAGCCAUGUAGUUUGUUGGUUUUUUUUUUCUCCUUGUUGUUAAGUCACACAACUCAGCUGUCAGUGGGCCAGCACCCAUGCUGUAAAGGUAAUUUCUUUUUUUAACAGUGCUGAUGCAGUGUGGCAGCUCUUCACUGUUCCAGCUGGGGGUCUGUCAGAAAGCUGCCAGAAAGGGCCCAUUUGUAGUCCUUCCGUGACAAAUGCAAAGUAACUCACUUUGUUUUUCAGUUUGUAUAUGAUGUGAGUUCCAUGUAUAUAUAAAAACAGAUGCGUCCUCACCAAACUUCCUCCAAUUGUGCACUGUGUUUGUUGAAACAAUUCGCAUAUUGUAGUCUGAUGCAGGCUUUCUUUUUACUUAAAACACUACGUAUUCUCACAAAUUUGAAAGGUAGUGAUCUGAAAACUGCAAUCACUGGAUAGUUAGCAAGUUUUCUUUUUUUGUUAUUUUUUUUUUUAUUAUUGCUUUUUUUUUAUUUUAUUUUAUUUUAUUUUUUUUUAUUUUAUUUUUUUUUUUUUUAAGAGAGCAAAGGGUGCCUGGACAGUUUUGCUCUUCUCAGCAGGAAAGAGAAAUGUUAGCCAUUGUAUGGCUAAGAAACAAUGCACUUGGGGCCUGAUCCAGAACCCACUGGAGUUGGUGCAGGGCUUUCCACCAAUUCCAGUGUGCAUUGGCUCUAGCUCUCCAUGGUUUUAGCAGUUCCUGAAUUGCUGGAGUGUGAACUUAGAAUCUUCUGUAGUGAAGACAAAUCAUUGCUUAGAUAUAAAUGUUUAAAACAUGUGACUCUAGUUAAAGAAGUGGAUUCUUCUCAACACUCACUAUUUAGUUCUCAUUUUCCAUCUAGUAUUUAAUGGUCUUUGGAGAAAAAAUAAUAAUAAAACAGAGUGUUAUAUAUAUAUAUAUAUAAAUAUAUAUAUUUUUGGUGCAAGAUGCGACCUUCUGUU